UUUUAAAUCGAUAUUUUUUAAAUGUACAUGUUAGAUUUUGGACUUGUAUUGCAUCGACUGGAUGAUUAAUGUAUUUUUCUUGCUAUAUAGAAUAUUUUGUAUAAAAAUGGUGGUGUUUGUGGGUCUAAAAUACGAUUGAAUAUAUAGAUUGAUCCACUACUACCAGGCCGCUGCGCCUCCGCUCUCAGCUGGUACAGCGACCGUGGAAAUUGAUACGUCAAUUUAAUGUUAGCCCGCUGGCUUCCUUUGGGAGUUCGAGUCCAGUUGGCUCUUUAUCAUCAGAAGACCAUGACUUUGACCCCACGGCAGAGAUGUUGGUUCAUGAGUACGAUGAUGAGAGGACCUUAGAGGAGGAAGAGUCGCUGGAAGGAGAGCGGAACUUCAAUUCUGAAAUUGCAGAUUUGGAGAAGGAGGGUAAUAUGCCUUUGGAGGAGCUGCUGGCCAUCUACCGCUAUGAGGGGUCAGCAGGCUCCAGUAUAGACAGCUCCUCUGGUGACCUGACAGACGAGCUACCAGAUAUGACGCUCGAUAAGGAGGAGAUCGCUAAAGACCUGCUGUCGGGUGAUUAUGAGGAGGAGACCCAGUCUUCAGCCGAUGAUCUAACUCCUUCGGUCACAUCCCACGAGGCCACAGACUUCUUCCCCAGAACCCUCCGAUCGAAUGCGAUGGACGGCGAUAAGGAAUCUGAGUGUGAUGAAGAUGGCCCCAGUCCAGAGGACUCGAGAAAGGAAAUCAUGGUGGGGAGUCAGUAUCAAGCUGAUGUCCCAGCCUGUAUCUGUCACUAUGAAGAUGGAGAGAAAGUUUAUGAAGACGACGACGAGCUGCUCUGGAGUCCAAACAUGCUGGCAGAAAACAAGGUUAGGGCGUUUCUGGUGGACGUCUUGUCACGGAUUGCUGAGGAAAAGACGGGAUGUGACAAACCAGGGCUGUCGGUCCGGGACGACGAGAAGGCGUUAUUUGAACUUUUAAACUGCAAAUUUAACCCUCAUGAAGCACUAGAACGAUAUUGCAGUCACGUUAAAUCCACAAUGGAUGAAUCCCCUCCCUGGACAGAAGAGGAGUGCCGAAGUUUUGAACACGCUCUACAGAUGUACGACAAAAACUUUCACCUCAUACAGAAGCACAAGGUGCCGACGCGGUCGGUAGCACAGUGUGUGGCGUUCUACUACAUGUGGAAGAAGUCGGAGCGGUUUGACUUUUUUGUGCAGCAGAACCGAUUCGGGAAGAAAAAGUAUAACAGCUAUCCUGGUGUAACCGCCACCCCAAAGAUCUCAACGCCUCGAAUAUCAUCCCAGCACCCACUUUCCUUGCGCCACCAGAAAACACAUUGUUCCCCCAUGUGGGGCGAAUGCAGAAGGGACUUGAUGGACAGGCUGGUGGACGAGGCGGAGGGCCUGGCCGUGGAGAGCUCCUCCUCCGUGGCGUCUGGGGGAGGCGGAGGCGGGGGAAGGAUGGAGCAGGCGACUGACCAGCAGCUCAGCCUGCUCAACUCCAUCACCGCCAGCGACCUCACCGCCUUGAGCAACAGCGUGGCCACGGUGUGCAGUCCCGCAGAGGGCGGGGGCUGCAUGGACGGCUACGGCCUUCCCCCCCUGGAGGGCCUCCAUCGGGGAUCCCUGAGCCACGACGAGCCCAUGGGCUUCUCGGCCACCGGCGGCGACCCCGGUCGCCUGGACAUGCUGGACGCCGGCUUCUACCACUCGGACCACCUGGGCGGGGGGUGCGGGGGCAAGGACUGUGAGCGGCCCUCCAAGAGACUCAAGAUGGCGUUGCCCGACUCCUACAUCGGCGACGUCUCGGUGGGUAACCUCGGUGUGGACUUUGAGGCGCGGCGCACCACGACGCACCACCGCCGCAUCACGGGCGCUAAAAUGGCGGUCUCCGUCACAGACUUCGGGAGCUUGGCCGGCAGCGGCGAGCCCAACGGCUUUCUGGGGGCGCACGCGCGACACCACACACAGCACAGCGCCGCACUGCAGUCAGAGUGAUCGUCCUCGGCCACGCCCCCCCUUCCAACCCUUUUAAAAACCAACCUCUCACUUGUACAUAAGACUCGACCCACUGGAGACUCGGAUUUGUUUAAAUUCUAUUAUAUAAAUAUAUAUACAUAUAUCUAUAUAUAUGUAAAUGAAUAUACUUUGUUUGUUCUUUUUGUGUAAUAUGACAUCAGUGAUGUCUAUCAUAUAGUACUAAAAUCUUGAUUUUCUCUCAAGAGUUUAUAUAGCCAUUUAUUUUAUUUGUUUUGGUGGACCUGAGGUGUGUGUGUGUGUGUGUGUGUGUGUGUGUGUGUGCGCGCGCGCGUGUGUGUUUGUGUGUGAACGUCCAUGUACAUUGGGCCCCAGAGGCUGCAGUUUGAGGAGCGUUGUGUAUCUUCCUCCUUCCCCUCACACAUCCACACGUAAUCCUGCCAUUGUAUUCAGCUGCCAAAAACAGCCUAUGUUUCAGCCUAUAUUAAUCGUUUUCAUUUGCAUACGCUUAAUAGUGUUUUGUGUUUAUUUUUUGAAUCGGUACAUUUGUUAAUUCAGUGUUUUGGUUUACAGGUUCUUUGAUUGAAGCCCGGUUGGAUUCAUUUGUAUUGUUUGGUUUGUUUUUACCUUUCACGGUUAGCCUGGCUUUAAGUGAAAGGCAUCCUUAACUUAGCACGGAGACCUAGACGGUCACAGGAAGAAGCACUUAAGUUGCUACGGUCUCCUGUCUGAGCGGUCUGUUACUUUUUACUAUUUUGUUCUCCUCUCCUGUGGAAGCUUGUUUCAUAGUUUGUUUGUCAUUUCAGUUUAACAAUCCAAAGUUGCCAAAAGGAAUCGUGUUCUAGGAAUCCCAAUUGACCUUUAAUGCUCUCCUUCGAUAGAUCUUUGAUUUAUUUAAGAAAUGUAUUAAUUCCAUAUAUUCACUAACCUGGGUGGCUGUACAGCACUUGUUUACAGUAACAUUACAGGAAUCCUUUUUAUUUUUCAUAGUAAGGUAGCAAUCAUUACACUUCUAAAGCAUAACAGAGGCAAUAUGAAAAUAGAAGUUACCAGAAAGCAUUAUGGUCGUUCUAGUUAAUUUUUCUAGCUUUAAUUUGACGGAAAAAAGUAGGCGCAAUGUUAAUCCAAAGUCAAUUAAUUUAAUUUUUUAUUAUUGACAGUUCUAAUAAUGCUUUAUUUUCUUUUGUAAGUAGCGCCGGUUAUAAACCACUUUGGCAGUUUGCAUUUACCUGCUAUCAGUAUUAUUUCUUCAUUAUAAGCCACUCUUGGGUUUUUGAAUCUCUGCACUGUUAGAGAGUAUGCUUUUGCAUUGUUUUGUUAUUUUUGUUUUGUGUCCAGUCGGCAUCUUGUAGCAGAAAUGAAGCUAUUUUCUCAUAGACUGAAUCAAGCAGUUGUAAGGUGAAGUAGUUUUGUCAGUUGAAUGGAUGCAGUAGUAGUGUUAAUUUAUCUAUGCAUUGUGAUAUAAGUAGUUUGUUUCAGGGGUACAUUGUGCUGAAUGUUUCUUCAUGUCCAUAAAUCUGCAGUUUAAUCCACAAUUUUGUGUGUACAGACAGGAUUCUUGCCUAUAUGAACCAUCAUUAGUUUGUGAAAUCAGAAUUAGUAAAACUUAAUGUCCAGCAUCAUAGGAGACAUUCACUUGUCUUUCUUGUAAAUUGAUUAGCAAAUAGCCUUUAAAGUCUAUUACCUGACCUCUUAACACUUGUGAAUCAGUGCUGAAAAACAAAGCUUGUAAUUUAAUUUUGUCAAAAGGCAAUAAUUUGUAGAUAUGUACAGAUUUAUUUAGUCUCUCCCCAAUUGAACAUAGUUUUGUUCGUUUUUUGGAUUUAUUUUAGAUCUUCCAUUUUAGAAAGAAUUUACACCCAGAUACCAAGAGACUGCUUAACCACGCAUGACCGCUGUCUUCUCUUCCCAAUUCUGAAGUAACUGCUACACUGAUUAUCAUUGGUAUUAUUACUCAAUGUUGCAUUUUCUUUGUGUUAAUCUUUUAAGUCAUGUGUAAAAGACUCAUCUUCCCUUUUUGAAACGAAAAGAAAAAACAGUAAAGUGUCUCAGUUUAGCCUCGAUGGUUUAGGGAUGGCUGUAGCCGCUGUCUGUGGAGAGCUAGUUUCUCUUUGAAAAAUGCAAUGUGCAGUAAAAUGCAGUAGAUCCUAGGGCUGCUCGAUUAUGGGAAAAAAUCAUAAUCACGAUUACUUUGGUCAACAUUGAAAUCACGAUUAUUCAAACGAUUAUUUUUGAGUUUAAAAACAUGUAUUUAUUCAGCAUGUCACCGAAUUCUUUUCUUGUAACAGAACUUUCGCCUUAAAAUACACAAAAUGAUCAAAAAUGUAAUGUUCCAAUCUAAAAUGAUAAACAGAUAUUUGAUUAUGUUAAUUUUGUGAUCGUUUUGACGCUGAAAUCGAAAUCGUGAUCAAAAUUCGGUUAAUCGCCCAGCCCUAGUAGAUCCUCUCGGCUCUUCUAGCGUUAGCAGUGCAGUGAUAAUUUAUUUUGCCUGUCCUUUUUGUACAAAUACAGACAAACUGUCCGAAUGUAAAGGCCAUUGACUUAAAAGUAGGCUAUUUUUUAUUUUACCACCCAUCUCGAAAAAUGUGACCUUUUAUUGAUAACUGGUAUCGGAAUUGUGUGUGUACGCAAGCACUAACACAUUUUUGUUUUUGGAGUUAAACAAGGAAAAGGUAUAGCAGUUGUGGUUCUAAGAAUACAUUUAAGUCCUUUGGUGAUAAAGAAAAAUACCUUUUUUGUGAAUAAAAAACUACAAAACUUAUAAUGUAUAUCCAGAAAUAUAGACAAUCAAAACAUUCACUAUCAGAAAAUGUUCAAAAAUCUAUCUUUAUUGUUUAUAAAAAAAUUGUACAUAGACAUGUUUUUUUCUUUUGUUAAACAUUAUUUUGUAUUUUCUGUUGUACUUUAAUAACUUGUGUACAGAUCCAGAAAUAAAGCUCUGGAAAAGGU